CAUCCUAUUUGUUUAGAUCAGCAAUACUUAUUUAAUAUGUAGCUGUAAAACUAUAGGCAAUAUAAAAUACAAGCUAUUAUUCAAUAUUGCAUAAAUACCAUAUAUGCGUUAAAAGUGCAGUAGUAAAUUAUAUAAGUAGAAUAAAUUUUAAUUACGUAUAUGUAAAGUCCCAGAUAACAUAACCUCUAAUUUCUCCGUAAACUGUAAUACACUUAAGAAAAAUGACUACACCGAUAUUUAGAAGAAUAUUGACGCACUAUGCGAUUGGCAGAAGAAAACUGCACACAACUGUGGGAUUGUCAUGCUUCUAUCGACCAGAUCCAAAAUCAGGUUACAAGACAAUGUAUUACAACCUGCCAGCGCAGAAAAACUGGACUAUUUUCGGCCGAAUUUCUGAUGGAUAUUAUCAAUUGAAGAGAGAACUCGGUAUCUGGGUGGAGGAAAUAAAGGAGAAACUAAGAAAUGAUCCUAUACUUGUAUAUACACCAAAUGAAGUAGACGUCGUGUGGGAAUUUAAUGGUGAUCCGAGUUCACUGGAUCAGUGGAUCCUUACAUGCGACAGUGAUUAUGACGAAGGCUUUUCAACAGCCACAUUAGAAAUGUCUUCUACUGGCACUGGCAUAUUCUCUGGUACGCUGAGCACACAACUGCCCAAAGACGGCAAAAUAAAGCACGCUGGUUACUGCAACAUCACCACGAAGCCUAAAGAAAAGUCCUUCAGACGCACGAUUCAUCAUGAUUGGUCGAGGUACACUCAUGUCGUCCUCCGUGUCAGGGGAGAUGGCAGGACUUACGGCCUGAACAUCGGCAACAAAAGCUUCUACGAUUUAACGUGGAACGAUCUGUAUCACUACCCGUUCUAUACCAGAGGUGGGCCCUACUGGCAACUCAUCAGGAUACCAUUCUCCAAAUUUGUGUUCUCGAGCAGGGGCAGAAUACAGGACGACCAGAACGAGCUUAUGUUACACGAGGUCUCGAAUUUGGGCAUUACCGUGGCGGACGACGUCAACGGUAACUUCAGGCUAGAAAUAGCUUACGUCGGUUUAGAGAGCGAUCACCUUCAUACAGAAGUGUGUGCUUAUGAAAACUACAAUGUGACCGGAAUCAGAUUUUAGUGUGUAUAUACGAAAUAUAAUUUUAAAAAGUA